AUGAGUUUUGCAGCGUUGCCGGACAUCAUACGCGAUGGUUCUCCAGUAAAGCGAUAUAUGAGCCGAAGGGCCGUCUGGGUUCCUGGUGUUGAUUUACCGGUGCAAAUGAGUCCUUGGAGAGGAAAGGCGGCUUAUGGCGGGCACGUGUACAGUCAAGCAGGACUCGUAGCAUCCAGGGCCUUCUCCGAAAGCAGAGCCAGUGUGCAAGCGGGACAGCCACUACGACAGUUUGGUAUUCAUACUAUACAUGGGUACUUUUCAGAAGCUGGUCUUGUGGAUCGAGCGUUCAUCUACGAGGUCACCACCAUCGCAGCAAAUCACUCCUUCCAUAACGUUCUUGUCAAGGUCCGGCAACCAAAGACACCAAGCACUAGCCGAAACGGCGAUCACUAUCCACUCGAAGACGCAAAGGAGUCUCUAGGUCCCGUAUGUUUCAGCGCCGUGGUCUCCUUCAGACCAGCUACGCGGUCCCAGCUAGACAUCCAAGAACCAUCCGCACAGACGCGCUACGCGAAUAUCCUGAGCCUGCGGCCGUCGUCGGCCUGGGACCCAGCGCCAUCUGUUGAUAUUGCCGCUGUUCUGGAAGCCUUUCCGUCACGUGAGGCCGGCAGUUUCCCUAUUGUGGAUAUGAAGAAGGUUGACAUGACGGCUUUCAACGAGGGCAAGCCACUAUACGACCGACGCGAGUUGCUGCUCUACCGGCUAAUCGCCCCGCUUCCUGCGUCGGAUCCGGAUGCGCAUAUCGUAGCGCAUGCGUACGAAGCCGAUAGGAACGGGCUCUUGAUGAUUGGUAAUCAUAUAGGUUUUGGUCAUAAUUUCGGGCGGGCAGCAAGUUUGAGUUAUUCAUUCGUGGUUCACGUCAAUCCAUCAGACGCCGUGAUGAAAUUUGGUGAGGAUGAGUGGUGGAUACAAGAGUGCAGCUUUCCGAGGGUUGAAGCUGGCAGAGGUAUCAUCAUGAGUAAGAUCUGGAGCCCUAGUGGCGUUCACGUGGCGACUGAAUAUCAAGAUGGCAUCAUUCAAAGGCCAUGGGGGCCAGAUGAGAGGCAAGGGAAGUUAUGA